AUGAACUGGUUCGUGUGGUUCAGAAAAUUAGAAAAAGCAAACGAUCGAUGGAUUAGCUUAUGGAUUGGUCAGAAUUCCUCUACCGGAUUCCACCAGUCAGAAUUACUCUGA